GUCACGUGAUCACGAGGAGUCCGGGACAGGAGAAAUGUCCGUGCAUCUGUUCAGCGGCGACCCAGCGCGAGCACUUCCAGCACGCACCCCGGCACAGCGCAGCCGCUCUUCAGUCAGAUGUGAACGCGACACGGUCUCCUGCAGCGCGCGGGGUCAGUGAAAGCGAAAGCGCGGUGUCAGCAGAGAACGCACGCGUCGCGGCUCGCCGCAGGUUGCGGGCAGAGUGAAGUUCUGAUGGACCGCAUGAAGAUAAUGAAAAAGCGCCUGUCCAUGAGCUUGCAAAGUGUACGGCGUGUGGACGAGAGUCUCUCAGAGCUUCCUGAACAUACCGGACUGGAUGAGCUUCCCUUGUCACGAGACAGUGGUGUAGUUCAUCAUAAAAUGUGGUCAGAUGGAGAAAGUGAUCAAGCUUCAGGAACCUCUUCUGAUGAAGUUCAGAGUCCUGUUAGAGUGCGUAUGCGCAACCUUCAGCAGCGCAUCUCUAAUGAGGAUAUCAAUAAACGUCUCUCGCUGCCAGCAGAUAUUCGUUUGCCAGAAGGUUACCUGAAGAAGUUUGCAAAAAACAGCCCCCCAUUUGACAAACCUCUAAGUCGAAGAUUUCGCAGAACAUCACUUUCAGAAAUCGGAUUUGGCAAAUUAGAGACGUAUGUCAAACUGGACAAAGUGGGAGAGGGCACAUAUGCAACAGUGUUUAAGGGUCGUAGUAAACUAACGGAUAAUCUAGUGGCUCUGAAAGAAAUCAGGCUGGAGUAUGAAGAAGGCGCACCUUGCACCGCCAUACGAGAAGUGUCUCUUCUGAAGAACUUGAAACAUGCCAACAUUGUCACCCUCCACGACAUCAUUCACACAGAGAAGUGCCUUACACUAGUCUUCGAGUACUUGGAGAGGGACCUCAAACAGUAUUUGGAUGACUGUGGGAGCAUAAUGAGCGUUUAUAAUGUAAAGAUUUUCCUGUUUCAGCUAUUGCGAGGUCUAGCUUAUUGCCAUCGGCAGAAAGUUUUGCAUAGAGAUCUAAAACCUCAGAACCUUCUCAUCAGUGACCGGGGAGAGCUCAAACUUGCUGACUUCGGUCUUGCACGUGCAAAGUCAGUGCCCACAAAGACAUUCUCGAAUGAAGUGGUCACUCUCUGGUACAGACCUCCUGAUGUGCUGCUGGGGUCAACAGAUUACUCCACCUCUCUUGACAUCUGGGGUGUAGGUUGUAUAUUCUACGAAAUGAUCACAGGACGUCCCCUGUUCCCUGGCUCGACAGUGAAGGAUGAACUUCAUCUUAUAUUUCGUAUACUGGGUACUCCCACUGAGGAGUCUUGGCCAGGAAUCAACACCAAUGACAACUUCCUUUCACACAACUUCCCCCAUUAUGAUGGGGAACCUCUGAUCACUCAUGCACCCAGGAUCACCAAUGACGGUCAUGUUCUACUAUGCCAGUUAUUACAGUGUGAAGCACGGCAGCGUAUUUGUGCAGAAGUGGCUCUCCGGCACAUUUAUUUCAGAGACCUGGGAGAAAAAGUGCAGGACCUGGCUGACACUACCUCCAUCUUUUCUGUCAAGGAGAUUCGACUUCAGAUGGACCCAGGAAAACACUUUCCAGCUCAAAGAGAGUUGGCUCAGGGGACAAAGAGUUUAGUUUGA